AAAUGUUCUUUGGAUCAAAAAUAACAGAAGAAUCCUUGUAGUGGAAUUCAGAGAAACACCAAUCUUAAUACAAUGGAAUCUAGUUAACAAAAAAUGUUGAUGGAUCAGCAAGAGAAACUGUUGUCUUAUAAUGGGAUACUGCUUCUUUUCCAAUUAUCAAGAGGGAACAAUUCACAGAGUGAUGAUACCACAAUUACUACAUUGCAUGUGAAAAGAAUGACAUUUGACAAUGACACUAAAUUGUUUAAUGAGGUAUCUACUGGAUCAUUUUGCAUAUAUGGUGAAAAUAUUGAAAUUAUUCACUGCAGUAAUGCAUCUGACUUCAGAACUGGAAUUCUUCAACCUUAUAUUCUUUUGAAAAAGAAGAAAAAGAAAAAAAAUAAAUAUAUACUAUUGUUGCUUCAUAUCCAUAAUAAAUUUGAACUGGUUCUGCAGUUUAAAUUAGACUAUGCAAUCAAAGAACCUAUAAAAUUAUUGGCUGGUCCAACAAUAAUAUGGUAUUAUGAAGGACAUCUGUUACAUAUUUCUCCCCAAACUGGAACUGUUUUAUGUGCCCCUAUUCAGUUUUCUUCUAUCCAAUGGGCUGGUCAAGUUAAGAGUGAGGGUACAGUUGUUUUAGGAACCAGAGCUGCUGGUUUUCCAGGAGACAAUAAGCAAAGUAAUGCUAGCUCAGACCUGGCCAUCUGGGGAUAUGAGUGUUUUGCAUAUGGAGUUGACAAACAAAAAGUACUGUUGAAUGCUAGUUUUUUGCCUCACGCUUAUGGCAGUGUGGUGUGUUGUGUAUACGUUUGCAAAACUGAAGUAAGAAGAAGCAAGUUUAAGACGUCACUGAUUGCAGUUACUUGCAAAGGCCAAUUGAUUUUCUUUCAGGAUGGUUGGACUAAACAUCUUUUGCAGCUUCCAUAUGAAAAUCCUUUUUCAGUACAAAUAGCUGCAGUGGAUGGAGAUCGUCAAUUAGUAAUCGUGACAUUUGCUUCCGGAGAUGUAUGUGCUAUAUGGAAACAUAACUUGCAGGUGGCUUCUUGCUGGAAGAAUGUGAAAUCUGUUCUGGUAGAUGAUUUUGCUGGUAUUGGAACUGAACAAAUCUUAGUAUUUUUAAAGAGUGACUCUAUUUCAGAAACACUAAAGGCAUUUCAAAUAGCAGAUUUUGGAAAUAUUAAUUAUGAGAGUAAUGUAAACUAUGGAAAUGUCUUGUCUUCUGCUGAAGAGAUACAAGAGAAUCGCCUUCUUACUAUCAAAGCACUUGAAGCACGAUUACAGGCUGGUUUUGCAUCUGUUCGAGCCAUUCAACAACAUUUACACCUCAAAGAAAAAGUUCUGAUUGAAAGCUGUCAUGCAUUAUUAGAUCUUGUUCAAGAUAGGAAACAAAGAAUUCCUAGGAUCAAAAAGGAAAAUCUUAUUUCUCUUUGGGAUGAAAGAGAGGAAGAAUUUCAUAAUGGUGCAUUGACUCCAACUGAAGAUGAAAAACAAAUUGUAAAAAACAUUUGGUAUCGUGUGGUGGAUAACCAGUUAAUAGUUGGAGUAGAAAUCAUGGAAACAUUUGACUUGCAACUCAGUGAUGGCAGUUUAUCUCUGAUAAUUGGCCAGAAGUGCCAUUCACUUUCUCCAUCAAAAUGCCACUGUAGAGUAGUUACAGUGACAAAAGCUUCAGAGGCUGAGCCUCUAUCAUAUUGGCACUUGGAACCAUUGCCUAAAAGAAUCAAGUUAAGUUGCUUUAAUGAAGAAAGCAAGUGCAAUGGAAAAGACUCUGAAGUGAAGAGGAAUAAGGCAAAAGCCAUUACAGCAGUUACCCAUCUGUCCCCUUUCUUGGCAUGGCAUGAAAUAACUUGUGUGGUACUGCUUCAUGCAAAGAAGAGUGGUAACAGUGAAAACCGGCAGAAAAGCAAAAGAUUGACUUUGCUAUGUGGAGAUUUUUUACUAAGUCUGGUAGAGAUUUCUACUGGAAAGCUUUCAAUAAAUUUGAAAGAUUAUAAAUAUCCAGGUUCUACAGAAGAUCUUUUGGCACUCUGUGCAAUAUCACACAAAUCCUCUUUCCAAAUAAUCUCCUCUGUUUGCACAUUGCUUCCAGUAAACAAGUGGCUAUUGGAACAAAUGGAGUGUGCACCAAUCAAGAAAUAUCCUGAUUAUAUGGUUUGCUGGAAAUCUGGAAAUCUGAAUGGCACUCUUUUCAAGUGGAAUCUAAAAACACCUUCUGAAGGAUUUUUAACAGUAUUCUGCAGACAUCAAGUUGCCUUGUUCCAAUGCCUUCAUGCCUUCAUUGGAUUGCUACCACCAACUUGCAAAAUAAAAUUACUGAAGUUAGGAAAUAAGAAUCUACUUGCUGAACAGCUUGGACUGACUUUAAUAAAAGAAACAGAAUUUUUCCAACAUGUUUUAUCAUCAGCUCUAAGACAUACUGAAAAUAACUUUUCUUUGAAAAAUGAAGAAAACAAACAAAAUAAAAGUAGCUCCGCAGUUGAACACUUCAAAGAAGCAUGUAUAAAGGAACAAAAGUCAAGUAUGCUGAGUAUGAAUAGAACAGUGAAUGGUUCCUUAUUCAGAAAACAUAUUUUGAAUGUAUUUGAUUUGCAGAUGAAUUCUGAUAUGGUCUCAUGGCUAUGCUCUUCAUUGUGACUUUAUUUUGCAGUAUUUAUUAACUAGAACUAUAAUUCAUUUAUAAUAUAAUAUAUUUAAGUCUACAUUUAAUUAGCCUGUAAGAUUUAAAAAAAAACAAACCUGGUAGUGUUUUAGUUCUAUUUCUAGGAAGUUUCUAUUACAAGAAAAUUAU